CAAAUAAAGAUGACUUACGUGGAAGAGAAGUUUGGAGAUCUUACAAAGCCUCGCAUCAAUGUGAUGUUGUUUGGUGAUGUGGAUGCUGGAAAGUCAACGAUUGCAGGCCACUUGGUGUACAGGUGUGGACCAGAGAGUUAUAAGAAGAAGGUUGAAAAGUAUGAGACAAAGGCUGCUCAGUUGGGCAAACAUGAUGUAAAGUACGCUUGGGUGAUGGACAAGUUGUUGGCGGAGCGUGAACGUGGCAUCACCAUUGACAUUUCACUCAAGAUGAUCGAGUCGCCACGCCACUUGAUCACUCUGAUCGACACACCUGGACAUCACAACUUUAUCAAGAACAUGAUAACUGGUGCAGCUCAAGCUGAUUGUGGUAUACUCAUCAUCUCUGCCACUGCGGUGGAACAGCAACAAUCAUUUGGAAGUGCCAUGCUUCGUGAACAUCUAUUGCUCGCAUACUCAAUGGGCGUACGACAGUUGAUCGUUUGUGUCAACAAGAUGGAUGAGAAAUCGGUAGCAUUCAAAGAGGACAAGUUCACCAACAUCGUACGAUCGUUGACACACUUGAUCGAGCGCAUUCGAUUCAAUAUUCAAAGCGUUCCUUUCAUUCCUAUCUCUGGAUGGGAUGGCGACAACCUUGUGGAGCGAUCAAAUCGCAUGCCAUGGUACAAUGGGCCCACACUAUUGAUGGCACUCGACAAUGUCACUGGCGCACCACAACUGAUAAACAAACCACUUCGCGUCCCCAUCCAUCAUAACUUCAAGAUUGGCGGUGUCGGCACGGUACUGUGUGGGCGCGUCGAGACUGGCGUGAUGGAUGUGGGCAUGGACGUCUCUGUGUUCCCCGGUCAUUUCUCAGACAACACAACACUCUAUGGAUACCACAACUAUAUACCAUCGUUGGAGCCUGGCGACAAUGUUUCAUUCAAUAUUCGCCAAUCCAACAAAUUCAUCAAACGUGGCGCCGUGACUGGCGCCUACCACAACGACCCUCCGGCUAAAGCCGCAAAGUUCAUCGUCCAGAUCAUGAUCCUGAACCAUCCGACCGAGAUACGCGCUGGCUACACUCCGGUGGUUUGCUGCCACACUGCCCGUGUCGCCUGUCGCUUCUCCAAUAUCAUCGCCAAGAUAAACACAGCCACAUCCAAAAUCAUCCAAAGGGAUGAUGGCGAUAACACGCCCAUCGUUCUACAUAAUGGAGAAGCGGCAUUGGUCGAACUGGUACCAUUGAAGCCGAUGUGUGUCGAGUCCUUUUAUGAGUAUCCUCCACUUGGUCGAGUCGUUAUCCAAGACAUGCAUCGUACCAUUGCCGUUGGUAUCAUCACCAGUGUGUCUAAGCUUAGGCCCCUGAUGAGCAUGACAACUUGGCCAACGCCCUAUGUUCUG